AUGGAGGGUCGCGGAGAGGUGGCGGUGAAGCACACGCCCACCGUGAAUGACUUCAAUGCUUGGUUGUCCAUGGACCAAUUUCAAGUAGCGGACCAUUCGACCUACGGCUUUGGCAACUGGUUUGGCAAUACCUGCUUUGAUCAGGGUCGGGAUUUCUGGGAGGGUGAUUGGCUUUGGAGUACUGCUAUGGCUUUGACUGGAGCCACGGAUUGCCCGAGUGCCGAAGCCUUUUGCGGACGGAAAGAGUUCCCCUUGGUGCGAAUGCUUUGCCCACAGACCUGCAGAUGCACCUCAGCGGACUCAGGGCAGUUUCUGUCGAAUGGAUGUCGACUGGGCUGCAGGGAUGAAGCAUCUUUCAUGAACUCUUCUUGUCAUGACAUCCGAGUGAAUGAACCGGAGCGGAAGGAAGCUUGGGACUACUACUGGAGCUUGUUCUACAGCAACAACAAAGGUCAUUGGCAAGAAGAUCAUGAGCUCAUGGUCUUUGCGAAGAAUGGUUCCAUGGGAGAUUGUGAGAUCAUCACCCGAGAGGCAUGGAUGAUCAAUGAGUUCUGCUUCCACUUCCACAACGCCUGGGUUUUUGUGAAGGAAGCAGAACAGCAGGUAGAGAAUGUGGAAGCUGCGCUCGUCAAGGUAGCAGAGGAAGAGCUCUUAGAAUGA